AUGAGGGCGUACAAUACCGCCGUGCUCAAGAUGAACAAACAGGCUGCAAUCGGCUCGUUUGUUCUUCGUACUGCGCUAUGCAAUGGCAUGGACUUCCACCCGAAGAAGAUUUGGCGCUAUCUCAAGGACGCGCAUCUUGAUGGCCUGCUGCUCCGCGCGCCGGACGCGCUCUUUGACUCUGCUUGGCUGAACACGGAUAAGUUGCAGCUAGAUCGCCCUCCUCAGCCUUUAUUCAGGAGUUUUGCUCAGUUCUUCGAUACCCCCACCAACGCGAGCGGUGCCCCACUGACGCUUGGAUUUGAGGGUUUCUUCAGGGGCGCAUACUCGUAUCACUUCCACAACUUCUGGUGGAAACCAUUCGAUACCACGCGGAACUGGCCUGACCUGGGCCCUCGCUUCAUGGCUGGAGAGAUCGUGGCUCGUGGUGCCGCGAACCCGGACCUCGACCCGGAUGAAUGGGACGACCUGCUGUCAGACGACAAGACGGACCUGGACUGGGCUACUGUGCUCAAGCGUACUUUCGAGUCAUUCGUUCGAGGCGAGCGCCCAAAUAUGUACGGCGAGUGGAUCAGGUGGUAA